AAGUAUAGUCUGACGUGCGCUAGAAGAAAAGCUCCCGAGCGGAGCGACUAGACAGGAUAACACAGGCACGGGAAAGGUGAGAAUGAGGGCGCUACUCGAAAAUUAAAAAGAAGAGAAGCGAAAAACACAAGGAAAGAAAAGCAACAGAGACAGAGAGAAAAAAAAAGACAACACAAGAAAACAGUGCGGGUUUCACGCACGACGAAAUACAAACGAGAGAAAUCAGAAAACUACGAGCACACUUAUAUUACCUAUCCAGCACCCACAGUUAAAAUAAGAUUUAAGAAGAGAAAGGAAAUUGUAAAGUCUCUUUGAUACCAAUGUACUGCCAGCCACAAUAGCCUCAUGGAUCUUAGAACAGAAAGAAGAGAUAGGUAGCGUUUCAGCGUUUGAAGAACAUUCGGAAAAUAUAUGUAUAUAUAUAUUUUAUGUACAUAUAUAUAUAUAAAUUAGUGGGAGCUGUCAAAUAAGAAUGGAUUGCAGCCUGUUGCGGAGUCUUAUUAAUAGAUACUGUGCCGGAGAAGAGAACUGGGUGGACAGUCGGACAAUAUACAUUGGGCACCGGGAACCCCCUUCAGGCACAGAUGCUUACAUACCACAGAGAUAUCCAGACAACAGGAUUGUUUCUUCAAAGUACACUUUUUGGAACUUUGUGCCCAAAAACUUGUUUGAACAGUUCAGAAGAAUUGCCAAUUUUUAUUUCCUAAUAAUUUUUCUAGUACAGUUAAUAAUUGAUACCCCAACCAGUCCAAUUACCAGCGGACUCCCACUUUUCUUUGUAAUCACAGUAACAGCUGUUAAACAGGGCUAUGAAGACUGGCUCAGACACAAAGCAGACAAUGCAGUGAACCAGUGCCCUGUCCACAUCAUUCAGCAUGGCAAAGUGGUGAGGAAGCAAAGCAGAAAAUUGCGGGUUGGAGACAUCGUCUUGGUUAAAGAAGAUGAAACUUUCCCAUGUGAUUUAAUCUUCCUGUCAUCAAGCAGGGAGGAUGGGACGUGUUUUGUAACAACUGCCAGCCUGGAUGGAGAAUCCAGCCACAAGACCUACUAUGCUGUACAAGACACAAAGGCAUUCCGUACAGAGCAAGAGGUGGAUACGAUAAACGCAACCAUUGAAUGUGAACAGCCCCAGUCUGACCUUUACAAAUACGUUGGCCGCAUAAAUAUUUAUCAAGACCGGGAUGAGCCUACAGCCAGGCCUUUGGGAUCCGAAAAUCUACUUCUUAGAGGAGCUACCUUAAAGAACACAGAACACAUUUUUGCUGUGGUCAUAUACACUGGCAUGGAGACCAAAAUGGCUUUGAAUUACCAGUCUAAGUCACAGAAAAGAUCUGCUGUGGAGAAGUCUAUGAAUACCUACCUGAUUGUCUACCUGUGUAUUCUGAUCAGUAAAGCUAUGAUCAAUACAGUAAUGAAGUAUGUUUGGCAGAGCGACCCUAAUCGAGAUGAACCUUUUUACAACCACAAAACAGAUUCAGAAAGGCAAAGGAACACGCUCCUUAAAGUGAUUACAGAUUUUCUGGCCUUCAUGGUUCUAUUCAACUACAUCAUCCCUGUGUCCAUGUACGUCACCGUGGAGAUGCAGAAGUUCCUGGGUUCCUAUUUCAUAACCUGGGAUGAUGACAUGUUUGACAGUGAACUCGGAGAAGGUGCUCUAGUUAACACCUCUGAUCUAAAUGAAGAGCUCGGACAGAUCGAAUAUGUUUUUACAGACAAAACGGGAACCCUAACGGAAAAUAACAUGGAGUUCAUUGAGUGCUGUGUUGAUGGACACGUCUAUGUACCUGACGCCAUCUGUAAUGGACAGAUUCUGACCGGUACUGUUGGCAUGGACAUGAUUGACUCUUCCCCUGGAGCAGGUGGAAAGGAAAGAGAGGAGUUGUUUUUCCGGGCCCUCUGCCUUUGCCACACAGUCCAGGUGAAGGAGGAAGAAAGUGUGGAUGGGAUAAAGAAAGGGCUUCAACCGUGUGGAAAAUCCUCCUCUGUUUACAUAUCGUCCUCCCCAGAUGAAGUGGCCUUGGUCGAAGGGAUGAAGAGACUUGGUUUCACAUAUUUGAGACUCAAAGACAACCAUAUGGAGAUAUUAAACAGGGAUGACGAUAUUGAAAGGUUUGAGUUGAUGGAGGUACUGAGCUUUGAUUCAGUUAGACGGCGGAUGAGUGUCAUUGUGAAGUCAAGCACAGGAGAAUAUUAUCUUUUCUGUAAAGGAGCAGAUUCUUCCAUUUUUCCCAGAGUUAUUAAAGGCAAAGUUGACCAAGUUCGAGCCAGAGUCGAGCACAACGCUGUGGAGGGCUUGAGAACACUUUGUGUUGCCUAUAAAACUCUCGCACAAGAUGAAUACGAGAGUGUCUGCAAACAGAUAAACACUGCGAAACUGGCCUUGCACGACAGGGAUAAAAAGUUGGCUGAGGCUUUUGAUGUUAUAGAGCGAGAUCUGAUUCUGCUUGGCGCAACUGCUGUGGAGGACAGACUCCAGGAUAAAGCUGCUGACACUAUAGAAUCCUUACACAAAGCUGGCAUGAAGGUGUGGGUACUGACGGGAGAUAAGAUGGAGACGGCAGCAGCCACCUGCUACGCCUGCAAGCUGUUCCACAGGAACACGCAGAUCCUGGAGCUCACCACCAAGAGAACCGAGGAGCAGAGUCUCCACGAUGUGCUCUUCGACUUGAGCAAGACCGUACUGAGGCACUGCGGCAGCCUAACCAGGGACACUGUAUCAGGGCUCUCCCAUGACGUGCCUGAUUAUGGUUUAAUUAUUGAUGGAGCGACGCUGUCUUCAGUCAUGAAGCCAACAGAAGAGGGCAGCUCUGGCAACUACAAGGAAAUUUUCCUUGAGAUCUGCAGAAACUGCAGUGCCGUACUCUGCUGUCGAAUGGCUCCAUUGCAGAAAGCACAGAUUGUAAAAAUGAUUAAAACGUCUAAGGAGCACCCCAUCACAUUAGCCAUCGGCGAUGGAGCAAAUGACGUCAGCAUGAUUCUUGAGGCUCAUGUGGGAAUAGGUAUCAUGGGAAAAGAAGGCCGACAAGCGGCUAGAAACAGCGACUAUGCAAUUCCGAAAUUUAAGCACUUGAAAAAGAUGCUGCUGGUGCACGGACAUUACUAUUACAUUAGAAUAUCUGAACUGGUGCAAUACUUCUUUUACAAGAAUGUCUGCUUCAUCUUUCCUCAGUUUUUGUACCAGUUCUUCUGUGGAUUUUCACAGCAGCCAUUGUAUGAUACUGCAUAUCUUACAUUGUAUAAUAUCAGCUUUACAUCUCUUCCAAUACUGCUGUACAGUCUAAUUGAACAACAUGUAAACAUGGAUAUACUUAAGAGAGACCCAUCACUCUACAGGGAUAUAGCCAAGAACUCUCUACUGCGCUGGCGGGUAUUUAUUUACUGGACACUGCUGGGGGUCUUUGACGCAGUGGUAUUCUUCUUUGGUGCUUAUUUCCUAUUUGAUAACACCACUUUCACAAGUAACGGACAGCUAAUGACAGCCAACACAAACAUGAUGUUUGGAAACUGGACAUUUGGCACUCUUGUGUUCACUGUGCUGGUCUUUACUGUCACACUAAAGCUUGCACUAGACACCCAGUACUGGACAUGGAUAAACCACUUUGUAAUCUGGGGUUCGUUACUGUUUUACAUCAUUUUCUCUCUUCUCUGGGGAGGCAUCAUUUGGCCUUUCUUGAACUAUCAGAGGAUGUACUACGUCUUUAUGCAGAUGCUGUCUAGUGGUCCUGCGUGGCUGGGCAUCAUUUUGCUCAUCACUAUCAGCCUCAUUCCAGACAUGCUUAAAAAAGUGAUAUGCAGGCAGCUGUGGCCCACAUCGGCAGAGAGAAUCCAGAAUGCUUUAAAGCACUCCAAGAGGGACAAUGUCUCAGAGUUUAGCCCUCAUUCCAACCUUAAGACUUCAAAAAGCAAAAGCAGUGAACACAGGAACCCUCAGCCUACAAGGUCUGGUCGUCUUUCCAAAAAAAUGAUGUGUACCCACUGGGGGGGCAACGAUUAUUGCACUUUUAACUCCUUCUUCAGCUUUUCUGAUAGCCCUCACAACUCCAGUGCGAGCUACUCGGACCGUGGGUCAGGCCUGGAAACCUCAGUGUAACCAAGACUUCACUACCUAAGCCUUUAAAAUACACAAUACAACUGUGUGCAUUGUUUUACCAACAGAGCUGGAAUACAUAUUUUGGCUCUGAAGGAUCAAUAAAACUAUUCUGAACUAGAUAUUGGCCCAUGCCUCUCCCUGGGCUCUCUGUACUACUGAUUUUAAAAGAACAUCCUGCACAGUCUGGUACUGUGUAGCCAGUGGCACUGCAAACCUUCCUUGUCUGUGAGCCCAACGUCUCCACUGCGGUUUAUUCCCAUCCCAGUUCUUCACGAGAUUACUUGAAUCAAAUAUUGUGACCUGAGCUUUAUGAUCAAUUUUCUUUUUAUUUAUUUAUUUUUUUUAAUACAAAAAACAAAUGCGAGGCGUCUUCAGGUGUUUGUUGGAUGACAGUCGUCUGUAUGUUGAUAUGCACAAGUGUGUAUUUGUGUUUGUUUCUGACUAGCCUUUUUCUUCUGCUGUUUGUAGAACAAACUGGUGUUGCCUGUGUGCAAAUCUUUUAUCAAGAAACACGCCCCAAGACAUUUUGUCAUAACUGCUUACACUGUAAGUCGCAAGGUGAAGGGAUUAGAUUGUUUGUGCUAGACUGUUCCCCUUUAAUGGUAGUGUGUGCAUGCUUGAAUGCUUAUAGAGUAGAUUUACAUUUCACUGGAAUGUCAAGUUAGCUGGUCAUUACUUCAGUUUGUUCCCUAUUAGGCAGCACUGCCACAAACACUACAGCUGUAGCAUUACUGCGUGAUGGUAAUACCCCUAUAUCCCACACGCCAUAAACUGAUGCAGGAUAAUCAAUGAUGAUUUCUACUAGGGGUGUGCCGAUGUCAGCAGGUAUUAAAUAAAUCCAUUUGUUAAUGUGUUGAUUUCAAACCUUCCAUCACCAUUACGACAGAGUACCAUUCAAUGGCAAUUAACUUCAGCAUUCAGUGCUUUGAAAGGUGAUUGGAGGCAAACUAUCCUCAUUUUACUGCUGUACCCGGGCCGUAAACUGACAAUGAAAUAAUGUUGCACAGUUAGCAAAUGCAACUGAUUCGUCACGUCAAUGUGACCUCUCCUUACCCCUAACACAGGAGCUACCGCUGUGAAAAAUGGGAUGUGUAUUUCUUUGUCGAGUGUAAUAAGAGAUUGCACCUUGCCCAGGACUGCAAUCCCACAAUUCACAGCAGAAAUUACGCAUUUCUAAGGAAAGUGAAAUAAAAAUGAUUUCAUAUCCAAAGUAUAAAACAAAGGUAAGACAUAUAAUUGCUUAAGAAUAUAAAUUAGUUUUCGUUAGCUUGAUCAUGACAAGUUAUUUAUUAAAUAACACUGUCAGAUUGUCAUUGAGUGAAACUCCAUAAUUGUGGAAACCGAGGGACAGUUUUGUUUUGACUAAUUAACAUAUUUAAUUAAUACCUAACAACUUCUAAUUUCUUAACGGUAAUUACUCAGAACAUUUGAGCACCUGCACACCCCUAAUUUGUAAAUUUAUUACGCAACAAUACAACAUAUUUGUAUUGUAGGAAAAAAAAAACAAAUACACCCCCCCAUGCAAAAUGAAAAAUAAAAAUAGCUGUAUUAGAAGUACACCAUGAUAACAAUAGAUCCUCUUAAUAUUAAAUCAGUCCAAUGCCUUUGUAACACUAGAACCACUUUAGGACAGUAUUCCUAUACUUCCUAGUUAAAAAUACAUCUGUGCUGCCAAAGCAGUGCAGGUUCAGAUUUAAAGGUGAAUACGCUGUAGAAGUCCUUUAUGCAUGGUAGCCAGUUUGCAUUGUGUCCAUCCAUUAAGCAUGUCUUCCUUUCUUUGUGUCCUUGUGUCUCUUCCUUGUCUUGAUUUCACACCCAGUGCUUUACUGAAACGAACAAAUGGGAAAGAAAAGUCUGUCCUUUCAUUUAUUUGAAUUUCAUUAAAGUGGUGUAUUUAAUGGGAUUUGAGGGUGGCUUUUUCAAUAUUAAACGUAAGUACGUGAAUUGUAUUAAGUAUGAACGUAAACAGGCACAGUGUAAAACACUGGUGUGGCGGAAUAGUGUCAGCCUCUUACAGCUCCGUCUUUCAUUUUAGCUUUCCUUUUCAUUUCAGCUUGCAUUACUGCAUUUUUAACACUUCUUAUUGGUUACACCAUUAACAAAGCAUCCGUUUUUUUUGGUUUUUAAAUCAUAUUUUCAUUUUGUUCAGCAUCAUUUCUUACUUUGUAUUUUUCUCAUUUCCAUCCUUCAGUGAUAAAUAAGAAGACGCUUGCAUGGUGGUUGAAACAGCUGCACUCCUGCUCUGCCUCCUAACAUUUCAGCUCACUGCAACCUCCUAACAGCCCUCUUUAUAAUCAUCAGCUCACUGAUCUGCUAUCAGCAUCUGGGCACAAAACUAGCAAACCACAGUAGCAGAAAGUAUGUUAACUUUGGAGAUGCGGGCUCUGCUAUUAACACCUUGGUUACUAAGAUACUGGAGUCUUUACUACUGUAAAUCCUGCACUGUACUGCAGCUGAUAGUACCUAAUCUUUAUAGUUUGCUUUGCUGUUAAUUUAAUCACAUGCUUGUUUUCACAGCCUUUUGAACAUAUGGACAAAAAACGAAAAGCAUAAAAAAGAAAGCAUCUCAGAAAUGUUCUGCUUGUCAUUACUUUCAUUUUAAAGUUUUUAUUGUGGCUAAAUCUUGACAAUUCCAUAGUUAUGCUUACAGAAGAUGUACUGUAUAGAUUGUUCCUGAAAUCUGGGACAAGGGUAGAAAGGGCAACAGAAUGUUGAAGUGACAACACCCCUAGUGCAAAAAGAGCUGUUCUGUUGUUCAGAAUGUAUACGUUGCAUUUGAAAAACUGUGAAAGCCAAAAUGCAAUGAACAUUACACUGGACUUUAAAAUUAAUUGCAGGUGAAACCAGCCUAUGACUUUAUGCAUGCACGUCAUUUUUUUUAGUUAAUUUUUAUUAUUAUUUUUUAAGUACCUCAUAUUUAUUUUAUACUUAUCAAUGUAGCCAUGUAGUGGUAUUAAACAUCAGAAAUCAUAUUUAGCUAAUUGAAAUGUAAGCUCUUUUCUGACAGUUCAGCAUAUUAAUGUCCACACUCACAUCUUCACAAAUUACUGUGAACUAUUGCACAGAAUAAACCCACUUGAGUUCAUUGAAAUGUAUCAAGGAACCACAGUACUAAACUGCAAAAGGGCACAUUAGUUUUUAUGCUGUGCAGUCAGUCGCAUCACUUCAGUCCCGAGUCUGUCAGAAUCUUUAUCACAGUCCUCAUUGCAUUAAACUCUCCCAUUCUCCAUUACUGUGCAAAUCAUGCGAGAUACAUGAAUAAAGGGUUCUGGUAACCCAAAACCACUGAGCUCCCUACAUCAAUACAUCUGGCAUACUCUGUUACAUUAAAAACGAAUGACGAUCACCAUAUGUGACUACUUGUUCAUUGCUAUCCAGAUUCUCGUGAAUAGUAAGCUCUGCUGUGUUUUGAAAUGCAUCUUGUGUGUAGUGUAUCUUACAUAGGUCUUUUGUAAAUCUUACAAACUGAGUUUUUGUUACUUUUGUACACUGCUAGGAUGAACAGAUUUUUAUUUAUUUAAAUGUCAACAAAAAAGUGCUGCUUUAUUGGUUUUAUUUUACUAAAAUACAAACUAUUAUACCAACUGUAGAAACCAUGUUCACUGCUGGGAAUAGUACAGCCAAAUGGAUUCAGUUUCAGUGAUGUCUGUAAUAAACUAACCCUGAAUCUUACUGUUUGUACAAUGGUGGGCAGAACGCAAUCAUGCCAGCUUGUAAACUUUAACAGAAUGUAUUUGUUUUCUUUUUCAACAAGUUGGCAAGACAGCAGGCUCUUUACUUAACUGAGGGUGAAAUGUAUACAAUCUGGGGGAAAGGGUAGAAGAUUAAAUUACUUUAUAGUCUGGUUUUGUUUGUGUACAUUUUUUAACAGAUUAAUGUCUGUAGAUAAUAUCUGUCAAUUUCCCAGCCUUUCGGUAGUAUAUUCAAGCAAAGAACUGUAACUCUGCCUGUAAUAAAGACAGAAUGAAAAGUCA